AGCCGCCGGUGGUGUCGGCCCCAGGGCCAGGAGGAGGCGGAGGGGGAGGAGGGCCGCGGGGCCGUGAGAGCUCGGAGCUGCCUUUGCCUGCCGGCUGGGAGGAGGCGAGAGACUACGACGGCCGCGUCUUCUACAUCGACCACAACACCCGGCAGACUUCGUGGAUCGACCCCCGGGACAGGAUUACGAAGCCUUUAACUUUUGCUGACUGUGUUGGUGAUGAACUGCCUUUGGGAUGGGAAACUGUUUACGAUCAGCAGAUUGGUGUUUAUUACAUGGACCAUAUAAAUCAACUGACACAAAUUGAGGAUCCAAGGGAGCAAUGGAGAAGAGAGCAGGAGCGUAUGCUAAAGGAAUAUUUAGUUGUUGCCCAGGAAGCACUUAAUGCCAAAAAGGAAAUUUACCAAAUUAAGCAGCAGCGUUUUGAGUUAGCACAAGAAGAAUACCAACAACUGCAUAAAUUGUGUGAAGAUGACAGUCGCUCUUAUGCCAGUUCCUUCUCUGGAUUUUCAACUAAUACCAAAUAUGACCCAUGUCAGAUUAAAGCGGAAAUAGCAAGUCGACGUGACAGACUUUCUAGAUUAAAACGAGAAUUAACACAAAUGAAGCAAGAAUUACAGUACAAAGAGAAAGGAGUAGAGACACUGCAAGAGAUAGAUCGUAAGAUAUCAAAUGCUCACAUGAAUUACAAAUUGGAUGAAGCUCAAGCAAUAAUGAAUGAGCUUCGAAGCAUUAGGAAGGCUAUAUGUAUGGGUGAAAGAGAGCGGCAAGACCUGAUGCAGAGUUUGGUGAAGCUGACAGAUGGAUUCAGAAAUAGCUGCUGUAUUCAAGAACCUUUGCAGGACUUUUACGGCUCAAUCAGUGACUCCAGUUUACCUCAACAACACUGUGAUGCUUGUUCUCAAACUGACAUCAUUGGAGAGUUUGGAUUUGAUGAUCAAACCAGACAUGCUGACAAAAUAAAAUUGAGUUGGCAGUAUGAAGAGGCCAAGAAAAAGGUUUUCAGUAUACAGCAACAGUUGGCUCUACAGGAUAAUGAAUCUUGGCCAGGAAUGGUGGAAGCUGACAGGGACCAUCUUCAGCUCAUCAAAGAAAAAGAAGCUCUCUUACAAGAGCUGCAGUUCAUAAGUCAACAGCGGCGGCCGCAAGAAGACAUUGAACGUUUGGAGGAAGAAAAACGGCGCUUGGAGAUUGAGAUCCAGCAGGCUCGGGCCACUUCUUCUCAUGGUGCUGCUGAAAGGAUACUGUUACAGGAGAAGAAGAAUUGUUUACUCAUGCAGUUGGAAGAAGCAACUCGUUUAGCUUCCUAUUUAUACUCCCAACUAAAAAGCCUAUCUGCCAGCACCUUGACAGUAUCCUCUGGCAGCAGUCGGGGAUCGCUGGCCUCCAGCCGUGGAUCAUUGGCAUCUAGUAGGGGCUCCCUGAGUUCUGUCAGCUUCACAGACAUCUAUGGUGUUCCUCAGUAUGAAAAAUCAGAAAGUGCUGCAGAGUAUGGGCAGCAUGCACGCUAUGAUCCCGCUCCAGUUGAUGCUCAUAGCAAAGAUGUACAGUACCUUGAAUCUGUUGGACCUUCUAAUAGCAGUAAGCAAAGGAGAUCUUUGGAUACUCCCUUGUCUUUGGCAUCUCUGUCAUCACGGUCAUCUCUGUCCUCAUUGUCUCCUCCAAGUUCACCCUUGGAUACUCCUUUCCUGCCUGCUUCUCGGGAUUCUCCUUUGGCCCAAAGAUCAGAAGGAUAUGAAGAUAUAAUGGGCACUGGUGCCUUAGAAGUAUUCCGAGCUCAGGUCUCUAGCUUGGGUGAAGAUAAAGCACAAGAAGCAGUGUCAGCUAAGGCUCCUGAUUUUUCCACAAGCAGCGAAGGAUUGCGAGAAGUAGGGCUGACAAACAUUCCAAGCUCUGGAGCUGUGACUCUGCGUGAAGAUAGUGCUAGAAGGUCGGAGAGGAGAGCCAGGCGAGUUUCAGCAUGUCUGUCCAAUUAUUCACUGGCUAGUGACAGUGGCGUAUUUGAAGCUUUAAGCAAAAGGAACGAGGAUGCUGAAGAAUCACUCUAUAGUGAUGCUGUCAGUGGUGAUGGGCCCAAAAUGCAAGUUGGCUUUUUGCAUGACAGUGGAAGUGAAUGUCUUCUGGUCCAUGUGUUGCAGCUAAAGCAUUUCUCUGGCUUUGCUGUGAAAGAAGGAUGUAAAAUACAUGUGAGAAUAUACCUACCAUCUCUGGAUUCAGGCACAUCAACCACAUUUUGUUCUAGAGCCUUGGAAUUCCAGACUCCCUUAAUAUUUAAUGAAGUCUUCCAGAUUCCUGUGCAUUCAAGUAUUGGGAAGCUAAAAUCACUACAACUUUAUAUUUGUUCAGUUGGUCAGAACCAGCAAGAAGAAUUAUUGGGUAUUGCUCAGAUUAGCAUAGCUGAUUUUGAGAGUUAUGGUGAGCUGCAACUUCAGUGGUACCCUAUCCAGAUCUUCACUGGUUCAGAUCAUGAACAGAAAAAAGAGAAGUCCAAAUAUGAAGAAGGUGGUUCUCAGAUUUUAGAAAACAAAAGUGUGGUGAAAAUGGAUGCUGUAACUGCCCUUUUAGCUAGGACCACAGCACAGCUGGAAGCUGUGGAGAGAGAACUGGCAGAAGAGAGAGUGAAAUUGGAGUACACAGAAGAGGAAAUUCUAGAGAUGGAACAAAAGGAAGAUCAGUUGGAAGCAGUGUCAGAGAGGAGCUGGCAAGCAGAAUCCGUUGAUAGUGGAUGUGGUAAUUGCAUGCAGACAAGUCCACACCCAGAAUCCUAUUGUGGUGAAUCAUUACAUAGCCAUAUCUUUGCACCCCAGGCAGAUCAAUAUACCUCUGGAAAAAUCCAUCCUCUACCUUUAAAGGUGGAUAAGGAGACUAACACAGAAGAUCUUUUCCCAGAAGGAACAGCAUUAUUUCAUAAAGCCAGAGUUGGUCGUCGAUCCCGAGGCUCUCCAUUUGUCCGUAGCAGCACUAUUGUUCGUUCACAGACAUUCUCACCUGGUGCACGAAGUCAGUAUGUUUGCCGACUGUAUCGUAGCGAUAGUGACAGUUCCACCCUGCCAAGAAAGUCACCCUUCAUCCGAAAUACUUUGGAAAGACGUACAUUGCGUUACAAACAGCAAUCAUGUAGAUCAUCUCUGGCUGACCUUAUGGAACGGACUUCAUUGGACCUGGAGCUGGAUCUCCAGGCUUCCAGAACAAGGCAGAGGCACUUGAAUGACGAAUUAUCUGUUCUAAGAGAGUUGCGGCAGCGCCUAGAGGAUGCCCAGCUUACUGGUCAAACUGAUUUGCCUCACUGGGUCCUUCGGGAUGAACGAUUCCGAAACUUACUGAAGGAAGCAGAAAGGCAGACAAGAAAGACUAAAUUUGAACAUCGUCAGCAGCAAGCAGCUGAAAAAUUGCUUAAAAAAGCAUCCAAAGAAGUAUAUCAGCUGCGUGGCCAAAACCAGAAAGAACCUGUUCAAGUGCAGACCUUUCGGGAGAAGAUGGCAUUUUUCACAAGACCAAGGAUCAACAUACCUCUUCUGCCAGCGGAUGAUGUGUGACAUAUUAUUUUGUAAACAUGAAGUAUUUAUCUGCCUAUUCUUAUUUUAAAAUGAAGUUAUUAAACUAGUUCAGUUUAUUUUUAAAAUCUUCAAUCAAAGACUAUUAAUAUACACAUUUUGUAAAAAAAAAAACCCCAAAACAUAUAAAUAUAUACAUAUAUGUAUUUUAUGAUAGUGACUGCAGCAAGGCUUGGUUUUUCCUUGCUGUGAAAUUGACAUUACUGAAGACAACAUAUUUUAUAUUAAAAAGAAAUCAAGUAUCCUAUCAGAGCGUGUACAGUUUUUAUGUUGUUUUAUUUGACUUAAAAAGCUGGAAUACAGAAACAAAGUGAGUUCAGGCAAAUUCACUGUAUUGUAAUUUAUUUAUAGUAACACAUUUUCCUUGAAGGAAAAUAUUUACUUUAUUUUAAAAAAACAAAUUUUGUUACUCAGUAUUUGUCAUACAGUAGAAUGGAACCAUUGAGCUGGUUUUGUUUCUGAUAACUGAAAUGAAAAUACUAUGUUCUAAAUUUAUUGUUUUUAAAAUCAGCUUUUCUUUCUCUUUCUCUUACAAUGUAACAAGUACUUUUUUGGCACUGUCUUGAUGCGGAAAUAUCACCUGUAGUGUUUUGGUUUUUUAAAUGCCAAGAAACAUUGCAGGGCGCGACUGCUUAUCCUUACUGUGCACUAGUAGAUUGUUCUGUUCUCAUUUCAUUUCUGUCAGAUAUAUCUUUUAUAAUUUUAAGUAUUUUUCUGUUUAACGAGGGAAGGAAGGUGACAGAUCGUGUUUUAACUUUUGUUUAGAAAAAGCACUUGGCAGUUUAUUGUAUUGUUUAGAAACGUAGUAUUUAACAGUUUUAUUAUUUGUAUAUUCCAGAAAUUGGUUGGGAAAUAAUCCCAAUUAUCAUAGGACAUAAUUUUUCUUCAAUUUCCUCAUAGGUCUUGCAUUCCAAAGUUCAUUACCUUCAAUGAACUGCAUCUGUUCAGUUCAAAAACUUAAAAUCAUGCUGCGUCUGGUGCUUGAAACCAAUGUACGGCAAACUGGGACAUGUUAUUACAUAUAGCUAUCAUAAAUUCCACAGCUGCAUCUGAAGUAGCAGCUUUUGUUUGGGGAAGUAGGAUAACACUGAUGUGAAUUUUGGCAGUCAUUCAACCAAGGCUUUACUUUGCACAAAUAAAAUAAAAUAAAAUAAAUCUGUACUUCUCCAAUUUCUGAGCCAUUAGCAGAAUUUCCUCUGCAGUUCAAUUCUUUUCCCAUCACUUUCCAUAAAUUCUACAAACACUUAGAUUAAGAAAAAACUGAAGGCAGAAUUUUCCGAGAUGCUAUAUCUGCCACUAAACAAUAUUCUAAUAAGUAUUCUUAGCAAAUAUUCCAUGAAAUGCUACUGCUCAAGCAGUGGUACAUUUACAAUGUAUUUUUUAUCUUUGAUAAUUUUUAAAAUUUUCAUUCUUUGUUAUCCCUUUUUUCUGUAAUAUUCUUUGAUUUCUCAGAUUAAAGCAUUUAAAGUUGUAAUCCUAACUUGUAUCAUUCUGGCAGCCUAUUCUGACUACGUAUUUAAUGCACAAUUGUAAAUGUAUCUUCCUUUUCCCAGUGCUAAUGAUUUCCAUGUUGAAUGGCAUAUGUUCUGGUAUGGAGCUGAGAAUGUUAUACUGAAUGUAGUUCUUUAUUUGGUAAGAUAGAUGUAUGUGCUUAAGCACUUCAGAGAGAUACAUUGUUCAAUUAGCUUCCCUAUCGUUGAAAUAAGUUUUCUUGGGCUGUAGAAUUGCUUGUAGUUUUUGAUAAUUUGGGACUGUCACCUGAAAUUCCUGAGAUUGCCACUUUUCAUGUCUUGCUAAUGUAUACAAAUACUGUUUUAUUAUAUGCUUAUACGUAUUCAGUUUCAGUUACCCAAAGAUUAAUGUCCUGCAGAAAGUAAGCAGGGUCAUCAGUAAGAAAUCAGCAGUUUUAUAUAGGUCACUGUCAAGUCAAACCUUGAUUAUAGGGUUGUUUUUUAAAGUAAGAAAACAGUGCCUUAGGGAGAUCUGGUGCCAAAGAAAGUUGUUAUUAAGCUAGAUAGAAGUGAACAGGUCUUUCAUUCUUUCAAACCUGAGAGUUGUUAAACAUCAUGAAAUCCUAACCAAACAUUGUUUUCCAUUAUCUGUGUUCUGAGGCAAUGAUUCUAAAUCAUAUAUAAUGUGAAUUAUUAAAUCUAAUUUGAAAACUGACAGAGCAACCCUAUGUGUCUGCUCAGAAGUGACACCAGUGACUUCUGAAGGAUUUGCUCCCCCAAAAUGUGCAUAGGAUUGCAGCCUAACUCUGUUAAAUGAACAUAAAUUUUGUAAGAUCACCCUUCAGCUGACACGUUACAAAUUUUCCCAUUUGUCAGUGUAACGGAAAAUGAAAAUGAUUAUUAUCAUCAUCAGUGAUUGCCCUACAGAAUCUCAGUGUGUUAGCAGAUUGAAAAAGUGUCUUGUGUUUGAAAAACUGACCCAAGUAUGUCACAGCAUACAAGUAGGAAGAAAUGGCUAGAACUGGGAUUGAAGUCCAAACAGAAAACUAGCUGGUCAUUGCACCAGUAGUACAAAAAUUGGGAAUAAUUUAAGUUACUUGCUGGUCAUAUGGUUCUUAUCCAAAGUGUCAGUAUUUUCAGUAAAUUAUUAGUUUUGAGUUAAUGAAUUCUGUGAUUGCCUAGUACAGUAUGUUGAUAGAUUAAGGCAAUGGUUCAAAACCUUGGUUCCCCAGAUACUCUUGGAUUUCAACUCCAAGACACAUUCACCACUAGCUGUGCAGACAAGGGUUUCUGGAGUUGCAGUCCAAGAACGUCUGAGGAACCAAGGUUGGGAACAACUGUUAGGGCAAAAACUCUUAUCCAUUUAAAAAAUGUAGUAGAGAAAGAGGGCUUCCCAUUUCUUCUAAUCUGAAGAUGAAUAAUCACUG